AUGCCGGCCGGGACCCCCCUCAUGUUUUUGUAUCCUCACCUGUUGCGAGCCGCUUUGAGGCGUGGUGCAGCAGGUGGAAGGGGAGGGGGAGCUUGCGCGGGCGCGGCGGCGGCGCGAAGGGCGAAGGGCACGUUUGCCCCGAGGCAUGGGAAGGCGAUCGAGCCAUCAGUCUUGGGCAAGCAGCAAAACCAGCCGCUGGAUGGGCAGGAGGUAUCGACGCCAACGUUGACGGCGACGCAGCAUGCAGACGGAACACCUGCGCCGAGCCAGCGAUCUGCUGUCAAGCUCAAACCCAAGCCCAAGACUGAGCUUGAGCCCGAGCCCGAGCCGGAGCACGCGGAGCAGGGAAGGAUGCGGGCAGUUGAAGAAGAAGGCGAAUCGACUUCCGCGGCCAAGCCAGCAGAUUCAGAGCAAGCCCUCGAGCCAGAGACAAUGCCGAGAAUCGAAGCGAGCGAACCGGCAGCAACGGCGAAGACCGAGCCGACGAAGUCGGAAGGACUUAUCGAGGAGGACAUGAAGCAGGGCGGACCUGUCGAUACAGUGCUUCUCAUGCCUGGCCCCGCGGAGACUGCGAGGCAGCACCCGCACCUUUCACCACCCCCGUACGUCCACCAUUUCGACAGCUACUCGCUGGUCAAGCAGCUGCAGGACGGAGGAUAUACGCAAGCUCAGGCGACGACGGCUAUGAAGGCCAUCCGGGCGCUGCUAGCACAGAACUUGGACGUGGCACAGCAGAGCCUCGUGAGCAAGAGCGAUGUGGAAAACGAGACGUAUCUGUUUACCGCCGCAUGCUCAGAACUCGGCGCCGAAGUCAAGAACAACAGGAGGUUGCAAGAUGAGCAGAUGCGGCAGCAGCGGACGCAUCUCGCCCACGAGGUGGACAUCUUGACACAGUCACUCAACCAGGAGACGUUGACGCUGACGGACAACGUUCGCGGCAUGUUCAACGACAGGAAGAUGACGGUGCGGGAGGAGCAAAAGGCCGUCGACAGUGCCAUCCAAAAAAUCACCUACAAGAUGAGCAUCCUGCUGAGCAGCGACAGCAAGUCGGAGAUUGAGGGUGUCCGAUGGAUCCUUAUCCGGCGCUCCGUCCUUGGCAUCAUAUUCAUGGCAAUCCUGACGCUGGGCAUGCUACGAUAUGCGACCUACGUCGGCCAGCAGAACAAGCAGGAGGCGGAGCGAAGCGAGAAGGAGAAGGAGGCACUGCGCAAGGACGGGGGCAAGACGGACCGCAGCGCCCCUGUCGAUGCUGCGGCGAUUCUUGCGGCCAACUGA